AUCUCUAUGAUCUGCGUUAAACUUGCAUGUGGAUUACAGUGCAGAGUAGCACCAUGCUCUUAAAUAUGUCCGUGACCAUAGGGCAUGGAGAAUCUGUGAUGCGAGCAGUUGUUCCCUGUGUCCUGCGGUUGGCAUACAAAGUGACUUAAAAAGGGAUAUGGUUGUUGCAAAUUCUUCUUUUCAAACAUGUUUUUCUAUUACAAGAUCUAGCAGCCACAAUAUACAGAAGACCCUUCAUGUAAGGUUAUUUUUUUCCAGCAUCACAAGUCAAAUUCAGAUGACAUAUUUUUGAUCUUGAUUUGGAAACUGGGAGUGGCCCACGCCGUAAGUCGACUGGAAAAGGUCGAGGUCGCGGAAGGGGUCGGGGUCGUGGCAGAGGAAGAGGUCGUAAAGGAGCCCAAGCACGUGAACCAGAUCCAGAACCUGAAGUUGAAGGGUCACCACCCCCACCCCCUCCCCCACCAGCUGCCAUGCAAGAGGAAGAGUUGAUCACCCCGGAUCUCGUCAUCUUCAAGUCAGCCUAUGCUGUUGAGCCGAUGCACCAGAAACAGAGGCUGCGCUGGGACCACAAGGUGAAGCUGAUUGGUGAGAAGGUGGUGGAUCCACUGAUACACUGCUGUGAGAAGUGUACCCUGCCUAUACUCAUAUAUGGGAGAAUGAUACCCUGUAAGCAUGUGUUUUGUUUUGACUGUGCGAGGAAGACGGAGAAGAAAUGUCCCAGAUGUGAAGAUCCUGUCCAGAGAAUUGAGCAGUCUGCCCUUGGCACUGUUUUCAUCUGUACAUACGGAGGUGCCAAACAUAGCAGCGGUGGUUGUAGACGGACAUAUCUCUCCCAGAGGGACCUUCAGGCUCAUGCCAACCACCGCCAUCUCAGUACCGGUUCCCGCCCAGAUCCUCCGCCACUGGCGCCCUCAAAGCCUCCUCCUCCUCAUCAUUCCUCACAACCUGAGGCGUUCAGUAGCAGCACAGUCGCCCACGCUCCGCCUCAAGAUCUGAACCCUCCCCCGAGACCGAUGAUAGAGCAGUCAGUGUACAGACCUAUAGAAGGUCCACCCGUACCUCAGCCCAUGCCAGCCAUGGUGCAGACCCACCACGUGUCCAUGCCUCAGAUGCACCCUGUCGUGACCGCUCCAGCCCUGUCACAGCCUCAGCUCACACCGGUGUCCACUAUAGAGAGCUAUCAGACCUCCUCAAUACCGAUGAUGUCAACUGGCAGGACCAACCUCAUCACUGUUCCCAUACAGGAUGAGUCGGAAUACCGUCGUCCAGAACAUGCUUUAAUGUAUCAGACUCUGGCUGGGACGGGCAUGCCUCCCCUCCCUGCCCACCUGGCUACAGGGGUGCCUCCCCCCAGGCAGCCAUUCCCGCCAUCAACCAUGGCUCCACCUGCGUCCUUCGCUCCCAUCAGUCACACAGGGCCUGUCCCCUACUCUACUGCCCCCAUGGCACAGACAUUGAGACCUCAUACUGUUCCUGUGUCCCUCCCUCAUGGAGGUCCACCCCCAGGGCCUAUCCCUCACCCCCAUCCACAAGGCCCUAAUCCAGGGGGCCCUCAGCCUCACCUCUCUGGGCCUCCACCCAGGAUGGGGCCCCCCCAGCAACAGAGACAGCAGGGGCAGCCCCCACCCCGCUUCCCAAGCCCUCAUGGACACUAUGAUGAUGGGCAUGGCCCAUCGCCAUUUAAUCAGCCGGGUAGCCCCAGAAUGCAAUGGACUAGUCCACCCCCACGAGUCCCCCCACCUCGCCCCACAGGUGGCCCCAUGCACCCCCCUCCUCAGAGACCACAAGGGGACUCGUACAAUCAGUACUACUGACACAGUGGAAGUGCUUGUUGAUGAUUGUUGUGUAAGAAAAACAAAAGUGUUUAAGUAUUGGCUUAUUUAGUGGAACAGAAUGAAUACAUAUGUGGAACAGUAUUACAUGUGUUUGAACUCCAUUUCUGUUGAAGAUUAUGUAUGUUAUAACAAGCAUGUCUGAUUUUAUGAUUUUUGUCAUUUCAAAAUCAGAAGGACUUGUUAAAUAUUCCAAAUCCCAGUUUCGCCAUGUAUGAUACUCCAUGUAACUGACCAACAAUUAUGUUCGUAAGUGUAUUAGAAAUUGUAUCCCAUACUAAAAUACACAGUGUGUUAAUUUGUUUGUUUUGGUGUUAAAUGCUCAACAAACUUGGUCCCACAGGCACUGAAUCCUGUCAGCAAACAUUAUGACAUCAUGUUAUAACAGCUUUUACUUAAAGACCAACAUGGAAAAUUGGGUCGCCAGUGUAGUACUUUUGUCAGACACAAACAUAGUCAGUCCACAACAAUUGAAGAAAAACUUGCCAGAGGACAAAUUUAUUUUAUAUGUUGUUUCUCAGUCUUAUGAGCAUGAUAAGUUGAACUGUCUUUUAAUUUAUUAAUUAUCUAGGUAUUUUUUGCUAAUUUGUUAUUGCCUGAUUGAACUAGAAUAUCAUGAUCAUAGUCUAGCAGACAAGUACCGGUAAUGUAAUGUUUGGAAACCUAAACUCAAGUAGGCAGUCGUAGCAUAUAUCACCUAGUUGAUCCUGCUUUUAACAUGUUAAAGAGCUUACGAGUCAUUAUAACAGCAUAUGUAAUGCUAAGGUGUCUGAUCAUUGUGUUCUGUAGUCCGAUUAAUAACUUUGAUGCUUUCAAAUGGAGAUACCAUAUUUGACUUAGUAAUCUCCUUAUAAGGCAGGGGGAUGUGGUGCUUAUGAGAUAUUAAACAUCACAGGAAUACAUAAUGUGUUUGGAUAUUUCUUUUCCUUUAAGUGGCAAAUUUAGAUGUAUCAAUGAAGACACAGGUGACAUGGAUUUCAAGAUUUCAGCCUUUUAUUAUUUUUGUGUUAACCUUUAGACUGCAUGUCACGACUAUAGUGGAACAGGUCUGACGAGUACCAUGAUAUAACUGGAUUACUGUUCAAAGUGGUAUUAAUCCCAACUCACACGCUCACUCAUUGAUAUUUGCAUCAGUUAUGUUUCCAGUCAAACUUAUGAAAUAACUUGUUAAUCUGAUUAGAAAAAAAUGUUUUACUCCAAUCAGCAUCAAGGCUUCUAAAUGUUUGCUACGCAAAGCACUUGAAAACCACCUUACCUAAAUGUACCUUUUAAAGGCUGUGCCAUUAUACUGUUGUGGAUAUUUGCUCCACCCUGUCGUGUCUGACCUCCCUGGCAUCUCCACCCAAUAGGGCGUACCCUCGAUGGUAUAUUUGUGUCCUACGUGGGUUUAGUUUUGUUAAAAUCUCUAUAUUUCGAUUUGAUGUGGUAAAGAACUAACGCCAAAUCUUUUUAGAAAGAUGACAUCUGAUUGGCUCAAAACCCUUCACAUCCUGAAUUUCUAUUGCACAGUCAAAUGUCACUCAGUUCCCCAGACUCAAACUUCUAUGGAGAUGUACGCAUAUUUUAAUGCAGAGAGGUAUCUGAGUAAAAGAUAGGAUUUGAAUGUGAUUGAACUUGUUGAAACAUUCAUUUCGAACCUUUUCUAAAAGUAGAUAUUGAUCAAGUGUUAUAUAUGACAAGUACAGCAUUCAUAUAAGAAGCAGGGAGCUUAUUUGGUCAUUUACGGUAACAGAAAAAGUUCUUUUUUCACUAUUACAGCAAGAAAAUAAGUUGGCAUGAUUAAAAUACUACCAGACAUUCCUUGGCAAAAAAGUAACCUUGUGUUCAAAACAAAGACAAUAUGUUUUCUUAAAUUUCAUUUUUGCAGCUGAUAUAUAAUUACCGCAAUGUACAUUGUCUGACGAAUUUGGAACAUAAAUUUGAGCCUAUGUUACUUGAUAUUUGUUUGUUCUUUCAUCCCAUUGUAUUGUGGCUGAUAAGAGAAACGUCUUGGCGAUAAUUGAUGAGACAUAUCUUUAGUCGUAUUUACUGUGGCAAAGGAGGUCAGCUACUGUUGUAACUGUUAGUCAGUGCAAGUCCAUUUAUGUACACAGACUGGUGAGAUGUUUAUAGGACUGUGUACAUAUGUCAUUCCAUGUGUAAAUAUAUGUUACCUGACUGUGGAGGUCAUCCGGAUGUUAUGAAAGCGUGAUAUAAGGAAAAUGUGGGAAAUCUGAUUGAAAUUUCGUAAAAUUAAUAUGAUACACAUAAGUGUAAUAUUAAAUAUGUUUAUUAUCCAUAUCUCAUAAGCGACCUACAUGACAAAUUGUGCUAGUUUUAAAGCUAUACCAGUAAAACAGACAUUGAUACUUCUGAACAUGUUGAUCAUCAGUGGAAAUUGAAUAUCUUAAAACUGACAAUGUUUUCAAUAUAUACUGAACAAAAAAUCAUUAGGGAUCAAGAAUAUUUUUGGGGAUAUUUUUUUGGUAGUAAGCACACAAUUUCAUAAUAAUAUCCCCCAAAAUCUUCAUUGUCCCUCAUUUUUUUAGUUCAGUAUAGGUAUUGUGGGGUUGUUUUAUACGGAACAUAUCUUAUUUCCUCUAUUAGACGUCCUGGCAUCUUUUAAUGUUGCACAAGCCAUUCACCUGGAGUCUAUUUUGUGUAAUGCUGGGGCAAUUCAUGAUCUUACUGGGCCCGUUCCACAAAGCGAUUGUAGCGCUAAGAGGAUCGUAACUCCCAUACUUUAACAUAGACCUACAGCACUUGUAUCUCUUACGAUCGCUUUGUGGAACGUGGCCCUGAAUACCAAAUUCUACAGUCAUGCAACAGGUACAUUUGCAGCAAACAGUCAUUUUUAAGUUAAGGGAGUAAUCAUUACAUGUUAAUGUGAUGGAGAUCAUUAAUUUCAUCAAAUUAUUCAUCUCUUAUAGAGAGACACGGCCUCUGUUUUUUGGACAGAGCGUAUUAGAGGCAAACCUGUAUUUGAGGAACAGGAACUCGUUAUUGGUCAGUAAAUAAAAAUAUAUACCCCCUAUACUCUUCUUACAUAUAGGGGGUAUAUAUUUUUAUUUACUGACCAAUAACGAGUGGUUGUGAUUGAAGGCCCAGUGUCUAAUAGAGGAAAUACAACAUUGUUGUUGAACAGAUGUCAUCCUAAUAGUAUCACCAUUACUGCAGGAGCCUGUGUACAUUUGCAGCUUCACAAAAUGCUUAUGACAGGAGGAACAACCCUGUGCUAUAAUUACAGCCUGUGACCUUUCCUCCUGGUUUCGCAAUUCAAAAUGUUAAAGUUUGAUAUAUGUUCAAAGAGUGCCAAGCAUGGUUUCAUCAUAUAUUUUGAAAUUCUACUUGUGUUAAUAUUUGGGUGUCACUGAUUAAUGAUGCAGAACACGUUCUUGUUAAUGUUAAGAAAUAAAUAAUUAUGUGUUAGUCAGGGUCAUGGAGGGUCAAAUUUGCCACAUUGCAAAAUCAGUAUUAAGUAGGGUUUUAUAAACCUGCUUAUUUAGAAUUCAUGGAUAAUAAACAGGGUUAAGCUGUUGACAAAUAAACAUUUUUCUAACA